ACAGGUACAGCAUAUGCAGUGGAAGUCCAUUUCGAGACGCCAGACAGUGGCUUCUUUCUCAAGCAUUCUCCUCGGCAGAGCUCGGGCCCAACGAAUUCCAACAAAGGACGCUCGAGUUCCGAUUCAGUUUUAUCGAUAGAUAGGUUUACGGUAGUUCAAACUAGCCAGCCAGUAUCGAUACGUGCCAGCUAUGGUCCGUUCUCCACCAAACAAACCGUCCCAGCGAGGUAUAUCGUACCAGAUGUACUGGAAUCCUCAUCGGAUUCCUCGCAAAAUACGACUGCGGCAUUGAUGGAUCUUCAACAGUCAAAUUUACAUCUGGACAUAUCGGCCCACCUGGUCAAAAAUAGUAUACCACGCGACUCGCCUGUUCUAAGAGUGCUAUUCCAUGCCGGAGCCGAUCCUGGUGGACAUCUGCAACGGCAAAAGAUUUGCGUUCUACUGCAUGCGUCAAUUGGUAACAAGACACCCCUCAAGGGACGGUGCAUGCCCGAAGGAGAGGAUGGAGUAUGUGUCGCGGAAGUCGUAAUCCCUUCAAACUGGUGGCCACCGUUGCCUCCACCAGAAAAAGAUGGCCGGCCAUCCACCAUUCAGAAGACACCUCAACAGCUGGUUCAGGUAUCUUACAGCGUAUUUGAACCACCAUCAAGAAGUCCGGAACUUUGCGAACCUAAGGUACAAAUUCAACCGCUGACUCCUUUUGCCAAAGUACCGCUGGUGCAGUCUCAGAUGCCCUACAAGGAACUGCGAGCAGACGAAACCCUAACCAUGCUGGUUCCGCAGCAACCUCUGUAUCCUUUGUCCAAGAUUCACGUGCCGGUGUUCUUGCACCCAGAACCUGGACAGAACAUAGCUGUUUUCAUCGUUAGGGCACGAGUAAAAGCUGGAAUGCGUAUUCUGGGAGCCAGUGCUUCUUCCGAAGAAUGGAACGUCUCGGUGGAAAAGGAAAACACCAAGCACACCGUUGCAAGGGUCACAGCCUUCCGCAAAGAUCAGGACCCGGACAGCCCGGUUAGCUCGUUCGACGAUAUGAAUUCCAACAAGGUGAUGGAGGUCUUCUCCUGGCUAUUGGAAGUGGCAAAUGAUACCAAAGAUCACCACGAUGGUGGACGAAUAGUAUGGUCGGUGAGCUACGUGCACGAUGGGCCGAAGGUUAAGGAACUGUCCGCUGAAGCUUCCAGUGCUCCGCACGAAGAAGGCCGGAAGAAGAUUGUUGCCAAGCUGGAGAUUCAAAAGGACGACAUUCAGGCAGUGUUGCCAAUCGCUAAGAACUGGGAGCUGAUGAACACCGCAGUCCUUACCGGUCGUCAAGUAUCGCAAGCCAUGAAGGUCUUCAUUGUGUCACAAGCGGGAAAAGUGGCAGACGUCACACUGCAGAGCUCGUGUCAGGCGGAAGAUGAGAGUGUUAUUAAGGUCUCGUCGUCGUGUAGCUCCGUCUACGUGGACGGCUCGGAAGCCCGGGGCUCGUCAAAUGCAUCCGUUUUGGUCAAAUAUGGAACUUACUCCGGACUGGCAAAGUUCACAGUGUGGAUGCCGCAGUUUCCCUUGGAAGUCUCCGUAGCCGAUUUUCGCCUUUCGCAAAUCAAGGGUUGGAAGAUUUCGGAAGAUCACAAUGCGAGUGGCAACGGCAAAAUGCGUCGUCGAAAGCGAGCGUACGGUUGGAGUCAUCACAAUGAAGAUUUCAUCAACGGUGUCUCACCGGAGAGAAGUGUUUGCCGAGCUCGAUACCAGCAGAGUCCCGUGGAAGUAUACGCAAAGUUCCUAGCGAUGGAUCAGGAUUCUGGGCGCGUAAGUUAUCUGAUCUCUCGACGCACGGGACUAAGGGUGACGGAUUUAGUACAGCCGCUGCUGAGGGUAGCAGAUCCAAAGAUUGCUACUUUGAGAGGAAGGACUUUGCAAGGAAGAGCUAUGGGAAGGACUGAUGUUCAGGUUCUUUCGCCAAUCACUGGACGUGUCAUCGGAGCUCGUGAAGUGCGAGUCGGAAGCGACAAAGUCAGCCUCACCAGGCUUUUGGUGCGAGUUGUGUCGGGACUUCAACUGUCGAUCGGAAGUGAUAAUGCUAUUGAAAAUGGAUACAUUGCCGAAACAUCAGUCACCAGGAAGCUAACUGCUCAAUACCAAGAGGGGUUGCUGGAUAUCGAUUUGGAGUUUUCCGAUGGCUCGAGGACACCACUGAGAGACAUCUCAGUGGACGAUUACUUCCUUCUGGUAGAAAGUUUGGACACGGAAGUGGUUGCGUUUGCCCCCAUGCUGGCUUCUCACCAUCCACGCGUAAUUGCCGUCGGUGAGGGCAACGGAGAUUUGCUGAGAGUUACUCUGCUACUAUCCGAGGAGUGUCGAUUGGGGCGUAAUAUUCCAGUGUCCAAGCAGGGCUUGAAGUCCUCGGUUGGCCAACUGGUGAGCGCCCUUGCCUCGGUGCAGGUGGACUUUACCUCCUCGGACAUCGGCACCCGUCCGGAUACGGUUCAGAAUGACGGUAUAGCCGGCCGAGAUCGCAAGCCAGGGCGCGAACUAAGUGAUUUGCGUGAUAUUAUAGGUAUCCCGCUCAAGGACGACCACAGUCAGGAACCAGCUGCGUUGCAACCGUCCCGACAGCACCGUGGAGGAAUUCCCGGUUACACGAACGGCAAGAGCAUGGUCUACGCGGAUGCCACCUCGCUGGAGAUUGGAAUGUACGUCCUGUUGGCAGCGUUCUGUUUGGCGAUCGGAGUAUUUGUGAUUUCCUGUGUGGUUUACGCGUCCAAGUUCCGACCGGUGACGAUCGAUGUUACGGGAGAGGCAAGUGUUCGGGACGGCAUGGGAAAUGCCUCGGUACUGGGUGGAAAGGGUACGGAAUCGACUAUGAAUGCUCACGAUUGGGUGUGGCUUGGCCGUGCAACGAUGGAUCGUUCGACCAAUGGGCAUGACUUGAGUGGAAAUCAAAGAGAUUCACGAAUGCACAUAAUCAAUAAUCCGAUGAGUUCAAAGUACGGUGAUGCUGAAGAGAGUGUUGUCCAGGUAAACAGCUUCGACAAUCCUAAUCACAUUCAGCUGCCAUCGAGUGCCGUUGGUGAAGGACAAAAUGUUGCUGUGAACUCUUGUACUUACAACAAACGGGACCGCAGAAGUCGAGUUGUGAAUGAGGACGAGAAGGCUCCCCCUCUUCCACCACAUGGAAUUCCAAUUAUCGAUGGAGUUGACUAUCGUCCACCAGUUCCCCCGCAUAGGAAUAUGGGAGUAACAGCCAGCGUACCUAAUCGGUCCCAAGAACCAAUCAUCCAAAUGAGAAACCCAAGGCCACGUGUCCAUCCCCGUUUCCUUCGUAACAGCAGCUGUUCUACCACGAAUCCGGCAUUCGAAAUUCAGCUACAUGGCAAUCAACCACCGCGUAAUUUGAACUUCACUCAGCAGCAGAUAAACGCAGCGCUGUUUAACAACAGUAUUCCUCAGUAUUCGGUGCAGCCGAUGGUACGGCAUUCCACGAAGUCUCCACAUUCAUUCGAGAACAUGGGAUUCUCGGUGGUGCCACAGCAGCAUCAACUAUCACACCAACCUGCUGCGAUAGUAGCACCCUCCAUCAGCAGAAAUCAAGAAGAUCUGCACAUGGCCGAACGCUUAGUGCAGCAGUGUGCGCAAAAGUCAGCAUUCAAGUUCGACACCAUCAACAAUCAGUCCAGUGGAAGGAGUAAGGCGACGGUGGUCGCCAUCGGCAAUGGAAAUCCCAUUGCUGGCAGUAGUAUUAAAGAAACUUUACCGGUCACGGUGGAAACGACCGCUGAAAUCGCUCCCAUGCCAGUGGCAGAGAAGCGACGCUCUCGAGGCGAAGAAUGUGCCAGCGGUGUUAAAACGCUCGAGUCCAGCUCGGACGACAAUGGGGGCUUUAUGACACCACCCGAUGAACAGCAUCAACCGCAGCAGCAGAACAAUCAGUCCAAAAUUCCAAAACCGCCGCAGCCGCUGAAACACAACAAACCGACGGUCGUUGGCAAUCCAAUGUUCGCCAACACUCCGGACAGCGAGCUCGGACCAGGUGAGAGCCUCGGGCUGGACGAUCUAGAUAUGGAUUACGAACAAAUUAUGCACUAUUUCGAUAAUUUGAAGGAAUCGAAUGCCUGAGUUCAAGAGAUCAUUGCAAAGAUACGCGACAUAUUAUCUACGUUUCAACAGCAGUACCGGAACGUGGCGAUAUCACCCGCCAACGGUCCGACUUGCAUCCCCGGGAUCAACGACCCCAACUUUGAACAUUUUUUUGAACAUUUGAGUGAGUCGUACGCCUAAGUGAAGAGCAGCCGUGCGUCGUUCAUCGUUCCUGUCGUUCUACCUCCGUUCAUCAUGGUCAGCGAAGGCUGACCCACAACUGUAAUCGAGGGAGUUGGCUUCAUUUCGAAGAUUUCUGGAUGACAGUUCUGUAUUAUAAAUUGAUCUCAUUAUUUCGUUACUUUAUCCCCGUGACAAACCGUACCCAGUGGAACGUGUUUGAAUAUGUUGAAACGAAAAAGAAAGCGUCUUUGCAGUGAUCGCAAAAUCUGAAACAAACUUGAAUAACUGAAAAAGAAAACAAACAAAGCAUCUAGUUGAGAUUUGUAGGUAUAGACAAACAAAGAAAAUCGUACUUCCAUUCAUGAAAUGAGAAAUACAUUGUGUAUAGUACCCCGGAACACUACUAGAGAAGAAGGGUUAAUGAAAAUGAGAACAUGGGUGGACAAACUGAUACAAAUACUCGUAUGAUUGUGUUUUGUGGCGUAAUCGUAAGCAAAAUUUAAUGAAAUUGUAAGGUAACUUUGAACUGCAACACAAUAACUCUGGCUUAAUCAUAUUGUAAAAUUAAAGCUGCAAGCGCUAAUCACGCUCUCCGUUUUUCACAAAUUCCAGCGUGAAUUGGAAAAUGUUUGAUAUCUAAUAAUCUCUGAAAGUGAACGUUCCUGGUCGUAUAAUUGGGGCUGCCAGCUAGUCCAGAAUUUGAAAAAAAAACAUUAAGGGAACAUACACUGCUAGUAUCGAUUGACACGUUUUACAGACACAAACACGCAUACACACGUACAAAGUACAGACAAAUACACUUACUACCACACAGCCCACUUUACUCUCUAUCUCACUCUCAUGGAUCGCAACAUCAUCACCUGUACUAGCACGCUUUGAGUGUUUCCCGUAGAAGUGACAAAACUGCUAGAACUCACAUGUACGUACAUUCAUUACUUCAUUCAUACGGCUUAGAGUAAUCCACGUUGAGAUUCAGUCGGACCGAGAAUAGUGGGACUCACUGUAUUAUAAUUUAUUGCAAAGAAACAGUAAAUCAAAUCAACAUUCUAGUCAUUCGUUUAAACAAAUUUAAGGGUGAACAAACAGUAAACAAACAGAAAUGAUAAUUAUUGCAAUUGGUACAUAUAUACAUACAAUCGAAAUGCAGUUGUUUAAAGCUAAGUUGAGUAACGGUGUAUAGUAUGUAAACUCAUAUACCUUAUAUAUUAUAAUUAAAGCUUUAAAGAAUCACAAAUGAGUCGAUUUAUAUAUAUCGCUAGUUCAUGGCAAACCCGGCAUCAAUUGGCAACUGUUUUUUGAGAGUUCGUUAAAGCAUUAAAAUUAUUAAACAAAAGGAACCUGCUUCAUAUUAUAUUGCAAGUGGACAAUUAAAAGCAGAAGUAAGGAGGCAUGAAAUAAAAAAAAAACGAUCCAUAUCACAUCAGAUUGAUAAGAUAUUUUUAUUACUUGUGUAAAUAGGGUCCCAAAUGGUGGCAUAGCUGGAACAUGAUUUCAGAGAAGAAGAAGAAGAAAAAAAGAAAAAUGUAUCUAUGUUAAAUUGACUGUUUUUUGCGCUGAGACUAUUUUGAAAUUCAAAUUCGAAGCAACUAUCUGCCAUAUUAGACCAGUAAUCUUCAGCCCCACUCACACACACAUACACAUACACAUACAACAAAUCUGUCUACACGGAAAAUGAUACCAAAAAUUAGCUUGUUAAGGACUCGUUAGGCAUAGUGACAGCAGCUAACAGGAUUUCGUUCAAACAAAAUUAAGAAAUACUGAAACUCGGUGUUCAUCGUGCGACAUUGUAACGGAAAACAAAGGUAAUGGAAAGUAUAAGCAUAACAUAUGUACCUAUUAAAGCUUGAAGGGCUUGACUCUUCGAAUGAGUUUGUGUUCAAAUCAGUUGUAGGUUAUGUUCUCCAUAUUGAGGUGACAAUUAUUGUAAAGGUCGACUUCCUGGAGUGAGGUACGUGAAAACAUUCCCAGUCAGUAGAGCAGCCAUGGACGUCCACAUGGAAGUCGAUAAUUUUGAGCAGAUGUAUUGAUUUCGCAAUUGUUUGUUUUAUUUUGUUUUAAUAUAUAUGUAACGCAAGAACCGUUAUUUAUGUUUGAAAUGUACAUGCCAAUAUUUUUCGUUUUAGAUUUGAAAUCAUACGUAAGCAGCUCCGCUGAGACAAAUCAUUGAGGAAACACUAUUGAUAAAUCUAUAUGAAAUCUUCUAUUUCCCUAAAUACUGUUUUUUGCCAUCGCUCCCUUCCUCUGUAUUUUCGUCCUAUCUCUAGUUAAUAAUAUUUCUCUCGCAAACACAUUCAUACUCCAGUGAAAUGGGAAUCCGAAGAAACCGAACUACGUUUGUAAAUUGUUUUUUUUUUUAAAGUCGACUACGGAUGGUGACUGAUUUUUUUUGCACUCCAGUUCAGGAAAGAUUAACUUGAUUGAUCAAGUUUGAGUGUAAGAUAAAAUCACUUUCACUACAAAUCAAUCGAUAUUCUUCCGGUUUCCAUUUUGCUACGCAUUCUUCCAGUAUAGUUAAACAACACAACCAAAACAAACGACCAGCUAAAUGUAUAUUGUUUAUGAAUGAGCUUGAUUAUACACGUAACCCGCUGAAAAAUACCAAAUUAACGAAAAAAUCGACAACAAAUGAAUGCAUCAGUAUAUAGACAAAUUUAAGCAGAUAAUACAAAAAAAAUGCAAAUAUUUUGUAUUCGAUAUAACGUUACAAAGGUAUGAUUUCUAGAACUAUUUAUACAACCAGAGAGCUAAACAAACGCAAGCAGCAAGGCAAUGGUACAGUAGAUGAAUAGCAAAAGUUGAAAACCUGCAAAGAACCGCAUGAAAGUUUACUCACCAGCAGUGUUUAGAAUAGUCAAAAAGGGCAAAAGUGAAUACACCUUUCCUCCGAUAGCUAGCAAGUCGUUCGCAAAAUUAUCGGGAAUAGUUACAAACAACAUCCUCACGGUGAAGCCCAGAGAAGGAAGAAAGAAUACAAAACGUUAUAUUAUACAAUACACUUAUAGAACCUAUAUAUAAAAUUGCUGAAACAAAACCUGCUUGAGAUUAAAAAAAAAACAACGUGAAGUCGAAUCAAUAAUUAUAUUACACGCAUACGCAUAUAUUGCUGUUGUACGCUCCCAGGAAGCAAGAACCCAGUGUAAACUCUAUACAUGCGCAUAUAUACAUUCACCCGCAACCACAGCAGUACUAAUAAUCUCUAAAUAUCAAGUGAAAAAUUCUGCAAUCACUUGUUUUGUAACGUUUUAUGUUUCUGUUACUUUAUUUCUCUUCUUUCAGUAUGAAUUCUGCUCAAUCUAAUUUCCUUCGAUUCAUAUUGUUAUCCAUAUUGUUUUUACUCGUUGAUUUCAAGUCAGUUUAAUUUUUAAUUUUGAACAUAAGUUUACUCAAACAUCAGCGCCAUUUGGUUUCAUCAGCUGCCAUAAACAACACUUAAAACAAUGCAAACAAAAAUAAAAUAAACGAAAACGCUUCAAUAACUUGAAAGUGCUGCAAACAAACAAAAACUAGUAACAUGAAACGGAAUGGUAAAUGUAUCCUUUUAAAGGUGUAAAACUCCGAGAUCCGAUUCCCAGUUAGUGUGUAAUCAUUUUAGAUUUCCCGAACACGUUUGAGCUCAAUCGCGAAGCACGCGUUGAGAACAAGCAGUUUAAAUCGGUUUUUUGUUGACUAUUUAUAAUAAUUAUUUUGACACUGUUUUUGUUCCUUCGUCUUCAACUUCCAGCUGGGUUACAAUUUCCAAUCUUCCAGUUUUCCACAACACAAUCUGUGAAUGCUUGAAUCUGUUGAACAUUUUCUUGUUUAUUUUUGAGCAAUUUUAUUUCCAUAAGUGGAUCCUCAGACGAUUAAUGUUAAUUGUGAGAGUUUAAAUAGAUACAGUUACCACCGAACGAGAAAAAAAAAGAUGUCGAAAUAACCGGUUGAAAGGAAAGAAAAUAAU